AUGCUUUUACCAGGCGACAUCAUAUACUUUGAGGUUGUCGGCCAACCAUUUCUAGUUUUGGGAUCUUUGCAAAGAGUAAAUGAUAUAUUAGACAAGAAAUCGUCAAAUUACUCAGACAGGCUGAGCAUGCCUAUGUUGAGGCUAAUGGGUUGGGGCUACGAUAUACCAAACAUGCCUUACGGGACUAUGUGGCGAAGGCACCGCCGUGCAUUUCACGAGCAUUUUCAUGCGAACGCCGUGCAUAAAUAUCUACCGACCCAGGCGAAAGAAUCUCAAGCCUUACUCUUCUUGGAAUCCAACGACCCAUAUAUCACUUUGGCUGAGGAGGCCCUGCGAGGUGUUGCCGAGGCUGGAAUUCCGGGGACUUUCUUGGUGGACCUGCUCCCGUUCUUGAAAUAUGUGCCAGGCUGGUUUCCUGGUGCUGAUUUCAAGCGGAAGGCUGCUCACUAUGCCGCCAUAAAUGCUGAAGUUGUGAAUCAACCUUUAAAAAUCGUGCAAAAAAAAGUGGCGGAGGGAACGGCGAUACCUUGCGUUCUGACCUCUUUGUUGGAGGAAUUUCCCGGAAAUGAAGAACUAGGCCAAGUGGAGAAGGAGCUUAUCUCUCGAAAUACCGCUGCAAUAGCAUACAUUGCUGGAGCCGAUACUACGGUAUCAACCACACAAACUUUUUUUUUGGCCAUGGCGAUGUAUCCGGAAGCCUUGCGAAAGGCACAGGCGGAAAUCGAUGCAGUCGUCGGAGCAAAUCGCCUUCCAGACUUUAACGACCGCCCUUACUUGCCGUACGUAAAUGCAAUAAUCAAGGAAACGAUGCGUUGGAAAUUGGUUCUUCCCCUCGGUUUUGCACACAUGUCUACUGAGGAUGAUGAAUAUGAUGGGUACUUUAUUCCGAAAGGUACUGUUGUCAUCGGAGCUGCAUGGUCAAUUUUGCACGAUCCCGAAGUAUUUGAAGCCCCCGAAGAAUUCUGGCCGGAGCGCUACCUCAAAGACGGUCAAAUAGACCCAAGCGUUAGGGAUCCAGUCGUCGCCGCUUUCGGGUUCGGCAGAAGGAUGUGUCCUGGCAGGUACCUGAGCGAUAAUUCUCUAUAUUCUAUCGUCUCGUCUGUCUUGGCGGUGUAUAAUAUUAAUGCGCCACUUGAUGGAUCCGGAAAGCCUGAACAGAUUGACGUGAAUUACACAAGCGGGCUUCUGUCAUAUCCCCUACCUUUCAACUGCACAAUCAAGCCACGCUCCGAAGCUGCUGAAUCUCUGAUUCGAGGCCUCAGUGAUUCUCUUAUAUAA